UGGGCGCGGCCUCAUGUUUUCAUCCGCAACCGAACGAGUAUACAAAUUGUAAAAUAUAGGGGCUGUGAUUUCAAAUCCCAAACCACCUUUUUUAUAUUUAAAAAAACAAACAAGAGAUGCCCGGAACGUAAAGGCUCUUUUUUUUGUCCCGAAACGGCCCGUCCUCUUCAACCGAACCCGUGAAGCCUCUCCUCCUCCCUCCUCCUCAGCAACUGGGCUCAUGCUAAAUAACAGCCCAGUCAUCGUGACGUAAGUUUAAAUACUAUAUAUGUGGAGCUAUAUACAGUACAGUACUGUGUUUUUGUGUAAUGCAAUUGCAGAUAAAGCGCGAAGGGAAGACAAAGGGUACAUAACAUUAUUGUGGGGCUUUUUUUGGCAAUAUGCUACAUUUGCAGCUCUACGACAACCAGCGGUGUCGUUAGGACUAAAAAAUCAUUAUUACACGAAAUAUUAAAUAAUAUGAUGUUUUAUUUGUAUUUCUUCAACUUUUGUUUUGUGUUUUACAAAAAAAGUGCAUUCAAUAUAAAGCAGUUUAAAUAAUAAUAAUAAUAAAAGAUAUAAUUCAUGAAUUUGAAUAAUUUACUUAAAUAUGAUAAUCUAUUUAUGUUCAACUUAGUGUGUCGAUAUCCGGUCCUUUCCAUUUGUAUAUUUGGGACGCUAUUGUGCUCAGAUUCUCCCAAUGGCAGACACUCUAGAAAUGUGACACACUAGACACGCCCUCUGGGUGCAACCCUAAACUGUGGGCGGUCCCUGUCAUAUAUGGCCUUGGGUAUUCUCCCAUGACUUAAGUACUCUUGGCCCUGCCUGCUCCUUAGGCUCCUAUAGCCAAAUGUUUUUCUUGUUGAAAUGUCAGUUAAAAAUCAAUUAAAGCUGUUUUUCCUUCAACGGAAGAGGCCUUUUCAAAUUAAACCAAGUUUUCACCAAUUUCAAUAGCAUCCACAGGCUGUAAUGUCUCCUUUGUGAACGAAUCCCAUAAACCCACCUUCAUUCACAGCUUAUGUUCAAAAUCCAGUCGUGGUUUUCCCAGUAACUUUGCUCUGGUGUGUAUACCAAGCACACAGGACAGGAUCCAACAGCAAAAGAAGCAAGAAUGGAUAGACAGUAAGUAGUCAUGUUCGUCAAUAGUGCUUGUACCAAUUAGCAGAGGCGUCACCUCAUCCUGGGAGUGGUUGAGGAAGUGUUUUUUUCAUGCAGUUCGGAUCUGCUGGCUUUGUUAAACUGCAUGAAAAACCACUUCCUCAAUCACUUCUUCAAACACUCCGAACUAGGGAUCGACCGAUAUGGUUUUUUUGGGGCCGAUGCCGAUACCGAUUUUUUUCCAUCACCCUCAGCCGAUGGCCCGAUAUUUGUGGCCAAUACUGCUUUUGAUCCCUCAACACUGAACACAGUAGGAUUCAGCUUUCUUAAACACACAUUUAAACGGCAUUAACAACUUUAAAAGGAAUAAAUAUUCAACCAUGUGCAAAACAUUUCUGUCGUACAGUAAACCUCGGAUAUAUCGGAUUCAAUUGUUUGCACUGGUUUUGUCCGAUAUAAGCGAAAUCCGUUAUAUGCGUAUACCGGAAAAUGUCCGUUUUACGCAUAUAUCGGAUUUAUAUCCGGUAUAUGCGUAAAUGGGAUUUUAUCCGUUAUAAAAAGGCACUUCCUUGACUAUGUUUCCAAUGUACCUGGACGCGCAGGCAACGCUGCAAACGCUGCAAAUGACGUCGUAUAGCGGCCUGUCACGAUUCGGCCAUCCAAUAUAUGCAAGGGAAAUUUAAUGGAAAUGCAUUGGAACGGGACUGGAGAUUUUGUCCGAAAUAGGCGAAAUCCGUUAUAAAAAAUCCGAUAUAUGCAAUGAAUUUUUAUUGGAAAUGCAUUACAGAAAAAUUGGUUCUUUUUUAUCUGUCCAUUUCCGAUAUAUCCGAGUCCGAUAUAUCCGAGGUUUACUGUAGUUUAAACUUAUCUAGCAUCGAUGUGAUGACUGCUCCUCCGCAGCUCUACUACUUGUGAAAACGCGCUCUUGAUGUGAUUCAACAGUGGGGGCGGGGUACCGCGACUGCGUGUGUUGCGGGUCCUCUGCAGCCGGGGCUGCCCCGGCGGAUGCCUGACUGUAAAUCAUGCGGUGGAAAAAUACAUCGGCGAACCCACGCACGUAUCGACCGAUACCGAUACAAGGAAAAAACGCAAAUAUUGGCCAGCCGAUGUAUCGGUCGAUCCUUACUCAGAACGACACAGUACUCCCUCCACGACGGUCAAUCAUUUUUCGGUAUCUGUGCUGGCCCUGUAUUUACUUUGCAUCGGAUCGACAACGAGAACAAAAAAGCAGGUGGGUCAAAAAAACAAAUGUGGACUGUUCUAUUCUGCACAACAUGGCCUCCUACAUGAUGGGGCUGCACAUUUGUCCUCUUGUCAGGGUAAGAUGAUGAUGGUGACGCCAUCGCCCGCACACUGACACAGCUGAGCAGGAGGUCAACCAUGCCCCAAAAUGUUUGGAAAUAUGGCCUCGCCAUCCUAGCGCUGCUUGGCCUCGUAUUCCUGCUGCACAACAUCAGCAUCUUAGAGAACUGGAACUGUAGCACAGUGUCAGCGCUGUCCCGGCUCCAGAGCCACAUCCACACAUCUUUGUCUGGACCUGUCCCGGUGUACCACCACAAUCACACCUACUGUGCACGGCUGGGCCAGAAAGCCACACCAGAAGAAGAGCGAGAGGAGCACAGCUUGCUGAAUUCCAUCACCUGGCCCGGACCACCCUUUGGCUCGGCACCGGUCGCCUUGCUCGAGACCAGCGACCCGGCCCACAGCUCCUUCACCAUCCUCCCCUCAGAGAAGAAGGGCCAUUGGUACGUGGGCGACCAGCUAGAAGUCAUCGUCCAGGUGUACGACUUCAAGGGCCGACCCAAGGGCUAUGGUGGCGAUUUUCUUCUAGCUCGACUGCAUUCCCCGGAAUAUGGGGCAGGUGUGGCCGGGGUGGUAUCGGACCACAAGAACGGACUCUACUCUGUUCGAUUCCUUCUGUUGUGGGAAGGGUCGGCUCAGGUGGAGGUCACCAUGGUGCACUCCAGCGAAGCCGUUGCCGUGCUGCAGCGACUGAGGGAAGAGCGUCCCGAUCGCGUGUAUUUCAACAGUCUCUACCGUCUGGGUCAUCAAUCUCAGACCACCGUGUGUAACAUGUGCCUACCGCCCGACCGGGGGCCGCUGUGUGACUACACGGACCCUCGCACCGGCGAGCCUUGGUACUGUUACAAGCCUCGGCUGCUCAGCUGCCACAGCAGAAUCAACCAUGCCAAGGGAGGCUACCUCAAAAACAUCACCACGGACAAGGAAGCCAGGCUCUUUCAGAGUGGUGUCAACAUCAAAGUUCCCAUCCGGGCUUCCGGAAACGACACAAUCAGCGUGCUGCCAUCAAGGACAGAAAGCAAGCAUUUAAAACCAGAUGCUGUCAACCAAGCGACGUCCGGGUACUACUACCAGGAAUCAUGGAGAACCUUAGGCGACAUCGCAAUGCGCCACUUUGACUCAUCCGCCAUCGCUCAGUGUUUGACCAAUAAGGUGGUCCACCUGUACGGCGACUCCACCAUUCGCCAGUGGUUUGACUUCCUGGUGAAAGCACUGGCAGACUUGAAGGAAUUCAACCUUCGGAGUCCUAAAAUGGUAGGACCCUUCAUGGCGGUGGACAGCACUCACAAUAUUCUGGUGAAGUACCGCUGUCACGGACCACCCAUCCGCUUCUCCACCGUCAUGGCUAGCGAGUUGCGGUACAUCUCUAACGAGCUGGACGGCCUGACGGGGGGUCCCAACACGGUGGUGGCCAUCAGCAUCUGGUCUCACUUCAGCACCUUCCCCGUGGAGGUGUACAUACGCCGCCUGCGGCACAUCCGCAAGGCUGUGGCGCAACUUCUGGACCGAGCGCCGGGGACGCUGGUCGUGAUCCGCUCGGCCAACCCCCAGGCCCUGGACCAGCAGGUGAGCCUGUACAACAGCGACUGGUUCUCGCAGCAGCUGGACGCCGUGCUGCGCGCCAUGUUUAAAGGGUUGGACGUCUUAUUGGUGGACGCCUGGCAGAUGAGCGUGGCGCACCAUCACCCUCACCUCCUCCACCCACCACCGGCCAUCGUGAAGAACACGGUAGACCUCAUGUUGUCCUACGUUUGUCCCUAAAAAUGCCAAAGGCGAUGCCUUCAUGAUGGACCCAGGCCAUGCUUUUUCUAUGAUGCAAUGACUUCUGACUGCGAGAGAGGACUAUGACAUCACUGAGAAGAACAAAUUUUAUACUUUUAGGAAAAAAGUCAUAGCACUAAAGUCAUAAUUUCACAGACUAUCCAAAAUGUUUACAAAUAAAGUCAAAUAAAAAGGUAAAAGUACGCCUCU